AGUAUUCAAUUGAUCAGUCUACUAUUGAUCACGUUUUAUUCAACAAAUUCAAUUUAUCAAGUUUGUUGGUGCAAUCAAAACAACGGGAGCAGGAUGCGAGUUGUCUCGAUAAUUGCCGUUUCACUCUUGCUGGGCCUCAAUGCUCAAAAGUCCAUACCACAUGACUCUACUCACUUCGGAAAAGGAUUCUCGGACCCCUUUGGAGUUCCUCAGAACACCGGCGCUCAGGACCAAUCCUCCGAUAUUGGUCAAGGACGUUCUGUCUCGUCCGGCUCUCCAGAUGCAGCUUCUCAGGAUUACCAAUUGAUUGGACAAGAAUCCUCUUCUGAUCAUUCAGUCAGUCUUGCCACUCCGUUGUCCAAACAUGCUCCGGAUCGUCGUUCUUCAUUCCUGAAAAGGAGUGCUUCUGGCCACGAAUCCCCAUUCAGUCAUCCCAACGCCGACGUCUCUCCCAGCUCACCACAACAGCUCCAUCUGGCCUUUGCCAAUGCCACGACUUCUACCAAUGUCACGAAUGCAAAGAGCACUACCAACUUCGAUGGCUACCUCAAACAUAUAAGUGUCAUUGCUCACGUUGCCAAUGGAAUCACCCUGCAGGCUGGACUGAUGAAUGAAAAGAUUCCGAUCGAUGCCGUAGUUGGAGAGCUUUUCGGUUUGAGAUCUAUCGAAUUGUCCGACAUCUUCUACAAAUUGGACAAAAUUGCUGCCUGGACACGGAAGCUGAAGGACAUCCCUAACGAUCUAAAAGCGUCUACGGAGCUGGAUGAACUAGAAUCUAAAAUCCUUGAAUUGGAUCAGAUUCGGAUGGAGUCGGAUGGUGUUCAAAACGUUCUCGAAUCAUCAAAACUGACUGACUACUUUGCGACAGUGAAGAACGUGAAGAACAAUUUGGAGAAAUACAACUUCAAACUGUUCAGUGAUGCCAAUAGAGAAAUUAGUACCGUCUUAAUCACACUUGAAAAAAUAUUAUCAAGUGCGACGGCAAAGGAAUUGUGGAAUAAGUACAGAAGUUUGCCCAGCCAAUGUAAAAAAAUGAUGGCCGCCAUUGAAGCAGUGAAGAAGAUUGACAAGAAGUCUAUAGAGAAGGAGUAUGGAGAAAUGGCUGUUGGUGCAACAACUUUUAAGCCUCUUGAACAAGUAAUUGAUCUGAUGGUUCGACGAGAAAGGUAUUCCAACAAAGGUGCAAAUAAUACACGCAAUAUGGUGGAAGCAAACCUAGAAAAAGUGAAUGAAAUCAAUGCCAAUGACGCCAGUGGUGAUUUCAAGCAGAUUCUGGAACUGGUGAAUCGCGCGGAGCAAGAUCACUCGAAAAUGCACACAAUUGGUUUCUCACGUGGAAUUCUGGACUUGAAACAUGUUGCCGGAGAUGCUCGAGACCAGUGGCUCUCCAAUGUUCUGAAUAUCAGUGAUGAACAUUUUGCAAGAAUCACUUCUGGAUUGCAACCUCUGUUGAAAGCUUCUGAUAAUCUGGAAACGUUGAACGAUAAGUUGAUGACAGUACGCUCUGUUGCACUGUCUCAAUCGCUCGUUGCCUUGGAAUCACUUGUCACAACGAUCACAUCAUAUUCCUCGUUAUCGAAGGGCUUCAAGAUAUUACUUAACGAUUACGAUGAAUGUGAAAGAAUACAAUCAGUGACAACAGAUUAUAUUCGUUCGCCAGGAAUUACCCUGAUUCGUUUUGUUAAAGAUGUGCAAAAACCCAUCAAUGAAAUGCUUGAGAUUGCGAUGAAGUUGGAUGUGGAAGGGCUGAAUGCGGAAUAUGCAAAAUUUAACGAGUUGAACAAGUAUGGCGACGGUGGACCUCAUUCGGACCAGCAGCUUGAAACCAUACAUGAGAAUCUUAAACAACAGGGAUCGUUGACAAAUCUCCAGAACCGUGUUGCUGGAAUUCAAACGUUGAUCAGUGGAUUUGAUGUCAAUAAUUUUAACAGCACAGUUCUGUCAAAAGCUGAUUCUGUACAAGCUGGCAUGGAUGACACAAGAGGCAUCAUGAAAGCAGUGGCUGACGAGAUGAACUUUCUUCAAUGUUUACAGAAAUCAUCAAGCGACAGUGUGAUGCUUUCCAAAGGAGUUCGUGCCAUUCAAAGACUCCGAAAUGUCACUGCAGAUGAGAUCGAGCCCUUGGAAACAUCAACGUUCUAUUUUUCGGAGCUAUUCAAGGAACUGGCGGCUAUCAAAUCGAUUCCUGAGAAAAUGAAGAACGGAGCAUCAAAGGAAACAUUGGAGUUGAACAGGAUGGCCCAAUCUUUGAGUGCGAUUGAAUAUUCUGCAAGUGCUUUAAAAAGUGCAUAUGGUCUUUUGGAACUGGAAUCUUCAAUUGGUCAGCUCAAAAACGUCGAUGCAGCUGUGAGCGGUGAGAUUCGCAAAAUUAAGAAUCCUGCUGAUAUAAAGAAGCUUCAAAAUCAAUGGGGAGACCACAAGAAGGACAUGGGCUCACUGGAAAAUGCAGUUGCAAAGGCCAAAUAUUUUGUCGCCAUGAUCAAUGUUUCAAAGCUGAAGACACUCGACGACUACAGUGCUCCUCUUAAGGAAUUGGGUGCUAUUCCUGAUGUGAUUAUGAAUGUGUUGGGAAAGGUAGCAGUACUGAAGACAUUGAUAAGAUCAAUUCCACGGACUGAGAGGAGGAAACGAUCUGGAGAGAACAGCGAGUUUAAGCUUAUUGCAGCUAAAGCUGUGCUCGACAAGAUUGCCAAGUUGGAUCUUCGAUUCGCUAGCCUUAAUUCACAAUUCAAAGCGGCUCCACUUGCCUUUCAAUCAUUCCACACUUCCUUGGUGAAAUUAUUUUCAACUCAACAGAAGAUCAGAGCUUCUCAGAAGAUCGGCGGAGGUGGUGGCAAUGCUGGAAGCAGUUCCAAAGAAUGCAAAUUUCCUUUUAUACACGUCAUCGUUUCAAUGGUGAUAACGCUCAUUUUGGCUGCCCUUGUGUUCCUGGCAUAUCUUUGCUACCGAAAGAAGAAACAAGAUGACAAAACAAAAGAAAAGACUCGAUACGAAGAUCUACUGGCACUAAAAGUAUAUGAUGAGGCCAGGCAGAAAUUGGAGGAAAAGGAGAAACUGGAGAGAUUGAAGAGCAAAAGCAAGGUAAACGAGGACGGAAAAGCCAAAUUGGUUGAUAAGAAUAGGAUGACCCCAAUUGCGACCCCAAUGAAAGACUCCAACACUCUUCCCGGAACUCCAAACAACCUUGGAAUCACCCCGAAGCAGGGAAGUCUUAUGAGAACUGGAAUGACUCCAGCUGCUACAUCGUUGAAAGUAAUUGGAAAUAAAAAUGCAUUGGAUGGUCAGGAACAAGAAAUUCACAGUCAGUGUGCCUAUGGAACAAAUGGUUUCUAAAUGGCUCGUGAACUGAUUUAUAGAACUUAUUUCUUUUCUUUUUGAAAUGAAUAGUGAUUACGGG